UUAGCAGUUUAUUUUUUUCAUAAAAUAAUUUUAUUUCCAUGUUGUGUGUAGUGUGGGAGACCGGUUAUAGUGAAUGCAUUUUAUGGGGAGGCUGGAUAUAGUGAAUGCAGGGUCCAGGGAGACCGGAUAUAGUGAAUGCAGGGUCCAGGGAGACCGGAUAUAGUGAAUGCAGGGUCCGGAGAGACCAGAUAUAGUGAAUGCAGGGUCCAGGGAGACCGGAUAUAGUGAAUGCAGGGUCCGGGGAGAGCGGAUAUAGUGAAUGCAGGGGUCCGGGGAGAGCGGAUAUAGUGAAUGCAGGGUCCGGGGAGAGCGGAUAUAGUGAAUGCAGGGUCCGGGGAGAGCGGAUAUAGUGAAUGCAGGGUCCGGGGAGACC